CGACGGACGUUCGUCUGUCCUCGCUGAACUUAUUCGGAACUAUACGAUACUAAUUUCCAACAUUGUAUAAUACUUCGUCGUAGUAUUGAAGUGAUAUUCUGUUGUAAAUAAAGUGACUUGACAAACAAUUUUGAGUGAUGUUUAUUUUUAUGUGAAUCUGCAACGUGUUUGGUUCAACGCACUAAGAGGGACAAUGUAUUAGACUUUAGUGUAGUGUGACGUUGGAACAAUGUUUCGGACUAUGUCAGUGGCAGUGUUCCGUUGUCUCGUGGUCCUGGUCGGUUUGGAGUGGCAGGUGAACUCGCAGCUCGUACAAAAGGCUUCCGAAGUCGAUAGCUCGUACAACUUCUAUUACGAGCAGCCGUGCUGCAAUGGACCGGUCACGAAAAACAAGUACCACAUGCGGCAUAAAAGAGACCAUGUUCGGGAAUUCUCGUGCGGUAUGCUCUACUACAGAACUUUCUUCGUCGACUCGAAACGCGAUGCGCUCUAUGUGGGUGCAAUGGACCGGCUCUAUCGGUUGAAUAUGAACAAUAUAAGUUCGACACAUUGUGACAGGGACGCCAUUAAUUUGGAGCCAAGUAACGUCGCGCAGUGUGUGUCCAAAGGAAAAACGGAGAACUUCGACUGCCGUAACCACAUCCGGGUAAUCCAGCCAAUGGGUGACGGCUCCCGGCUCUAUGUCUGCGGCACCAACGCGCACAGCCCCAAGGACUGGGUCUUAUAUUCCAACCUGACGCACCUGCCGCGUCACGAGUACGUGCCGGGAAUCGGCAUGGGGGUCGCCAAGUGCCCCUACGACCCCGCGGACAACUCCACAGCGCUGUGGGUCGAGCGCGGGAACCCCGGGAGCCUCCCGGCGCUCUACUCCGGGACGAAUGCGGAAUUCACCAAGGCGGACACCGUUAUUUUCCGGACGGAUCUGCAUAACUUGACGACGGGCCGCAGAGAAUUCUCGUUCAAGCGCACCCUGAAAUACGACUCAAAAUGGCUCGACAAACCGAACUUCGUGGGCUCCUUCGACGUCGGCGAAUACGUGCUGUUCUUCUUCCGAGAGACCGCAGUAGAAUACAUCAACUGCGGCAAGGCUGUCUACUCGCGAGUAGCCCGCGUCUGCAAGCGAGAUACGGGAGGGAAGAACAUCCUCAGCCAGAACUGGGCUACCUACCUGAAGGCCAGGCUCAACUGCAGCAUCCCCGGGGAAUUCCCGUUCUACUUCAAUGAGAUACAGAGCAUCUACAAAGUCCCUGGCGACGACAGCCGCUUCUACGGCGUAUUUACCACCGCUUCCACUGGGCUGAUGGGUUCAGCCAUCUGCACCUUCACCAUAGCGGAUAUCCAGAAGGCAUUCGAGGGGAAGUUUAAGGAGCAGGCUACAUCCAGCUCUGCCUGGCUGCCGGUCAUCAGCAGCAGAGUGCCGGAGCCCAGACCGGGGACGUGCGUCAACGAUACAUCGUCGUUGCCGGAUACCGUGCUCAACUUUAUAAGAUCCCAUCCUCUGAUGGACAGCGCGGUGACCCACGAGCACGAGAAGCCCAUCUACUACAAGCGCGACCUGUUCUUCACGAGGCUGGUGGUGGACCGCGUCAGGGUCGACAUGAUGGGCCACCAGCUGGAAUACACCGUAUACUAUGCUGGCACAAAUGAGGGGAAAAUUCAUAAAAUCGUGCAGUGGACUCGCAACGGCGACAGCCAGUCGGCUUUACUUGAUAUUUUCGACGUCACUCCCGGCGAACCCAUUCAGGCGAUGGCUCUCUCCCGCACUCACGGCUCGCUGUACGCCGCCUCCGACGCGCGCGUUUUGCAGCUGCGGCUCGCGUUAUGUGCGCGCCGGUACGAUGCCUGCGUGCGCUGCGCGAGGGACCCGUACUGCGGCUGGGAUAGAGACGCCGGAGUGUGCCGGGAGUACAUGCCUGGGCUAAUUCAAGACGUGGCAAACGAAACUGCGGAUAUUUGCGACUCGUCCAUUGCCAGGAAGAGCGUGUCUGCCACCUGGGGCCAGAGCCUUCACCUUGGCAGCUUCGUCAAGAUGCCAGAAGUGCUGGCACCACGCAUGGUCAGCUGGUACCACUACUCCAAGGAGAAGGGACGACAUCCUAUCACUUUUAACAAACCGGAGAAGUAUAUCGAGACUUCAGAACACGGGCUGCUGAUAAUCUCGGUGACGGAGGCCGACGCGGGCCGCUACGACUGCUGGCUCGGCGGGUCCCUGCUCUGCUCCUACAACAUCACUGUCGAUAUACACAGAUGCUCGCCUCCCGAGAAAAGCAACGAGUACCAAAAGAUUUAUUCGAAUUGGUGUCACGAGUUCGAAAAGUACAAAACAGCCAUGAAGACUUGGGAGAGGAAACAGGAGCAAUGCGCGCGCCUCAACGACUCUAAUCAGAACAGCCAUCCGAACGAGAUCGUGUGAUAGCUUCUAAACAUCGCCUAUCUCAUGUUUCAAUCCGUCAACUACUACGCCGGCGCCAUACCGAUACCCUACGUGUCGACCGCCCUCAAAUACUUCAACUUGAUCUCCUAAGGAUCCUGGGACCCUGGUAUCCCAGGGUAGGCUUCUAGUGUCUCCCGAAUCUAAAGAAAUAGAUCCUAGUGUUUCCGGAGGAUCGAACAUUCUAGGCCCGUUCUAAACCGCUCCUACCGCAAUACUUAAGAUGAUUCUUGAGAUCCUGUUUUAAUAAAUAAACUUUAGUACCGUACCUAUAAGUGGCGUAUCUGUGAGAACAACUUGAGAGGCUGUUUCUUGAGUGUGAUCAAACCUUGACUUAAGUGCUACAUAUUAUAAUUAAAGACCAUCUUAAGACGCUGGAGCGCAGCCAAGACAUUGCAUAGGAGUAUGAGAGCGGUUUAUACGGGCCCUAAGUCUAAAGAUCCUUGUGUUUGAAGGAUCCUAGUGUUUAAGGAUCCCCCGUUCCUAGUCUCCAUGAAGCUCUAGUGCCCAUAUAGUGAUACGGCAACAUGAGAAGGUGAUUCUAAAUUUAAAAGACUCUAAAUCCGAUAAUCGCUUGCCUACGCUUCAUUGGAUGUGUGGAGAUUGGCGUCUACCCUCGCUUCGCUGUUGUAUUUAAGAGUAUUUAUUUAAAUAAACAAUUGUGACUGUAUUUAGUUUGGUGAUUGCUCUGUAAUGUUAUGAGGUUUAAAAAAAUCUAUCGGUAAAAUUAAAAUUUUAUCGGCGUAAAUGUGAAAUCUUAAAUGACGUCGAUAAAAUUUACAUAUUUCUGUCUGUCGCGGUGUAAACGAAUUUAAAUUUUUAUUUACCCGCGGUAAAACGAAGUGGGGCGCAUUUAACACCCUGCAAAUUGUGUCGAGGAUUUGGAGGGUGCAGUGUGUUAGGGUUGACAAAAAUAUCGAUUCAAGAUUGAAAUAUGAAUCGAUAUUUUUGUUGAUAUUUGUCUAAGGGAUAAACAUAACGACUUGUUUAAUAUAAAAUUUAGAUCGAUCCGGAGAACUCAAACAAAGUGCAUUUGAAAAUUUUGUAUGAUUUGACAUAAGGCAUUACAAACGUCAUGUCACAUAGCGACGCGUUAUGUCAAAACUCAUACACUUCCAUCUUCGCUAUCGAAAUUUUCGAAUAAAAGUUUGCCUAAGUCCCCUGUCGUUAUACAUAAAACCUCAAAACAAAGCAGAACGAAAACAAUUUAUUUAGAAUAUAUAAUUUCAACGUAAUUAAGUUUGUUAGUGAUCAAGAUACGUCGCCUAAUGAGUGGAGAGAAUACGCCACUGCGAGUCUCGAGGUUGUGGGAGGGUUCGCCUCAUUAUUUUUCCCCUGGCUCUUUGGCCAAAACCUUUUCUUUUCGCUUUGUUAUAAAAUCGCCUAAUAAAUGUAUGGAGUUGACAUAGGCGUCGGUUAUUGUGACGUUGACAUUCGACUCGUCUAUCUUAUUUCGAUCGGCGAUUUUAUUAAAUAGCGAUAAAGAAAAGGUCUUGACUACAGGCUCUCUUUGUGUAAAUAGUUACCUAAUUUCUGUUUCUACUGUAAGUGUACGUAUAGAAUGCACGUCCCUUAACGUAAAAAAUAUAAUUUAAGCCUGUGAUAUAUGAAAUUCAUUUAGAUAUUUUAAGUGUUUGUAAAAACAUGUAAUGCAUUUAAAAAUUUGUGAAACUGAAAAAUGGGUUGAUUGUAUAAAAUUUUGUACACUUUUUUUUCGAUUUACCACUGCCAUGUUGUAACCUGAAUGUUGUAGAGAUUUCAUGUUUACAGAUAAAAAAGAAAUAAAACAUAUUUUUACGUAUAUCAAGUGCAUAGAGCACGUUCCAAAACGAAAAUAAAUGAAAUAGUACCAAAACUUUUUAACACCAGAUUUUUACAAAUUAUUGUAAAACUAACAAAAGAAUAACCUUUUUAUAGGGUUGUCUAUUUAAUGUAACUUGAUUUGUACUAUCAGAGAAAUUGAUUAUUCAUAGGCGAACCAAUGCUAUUUGGUCGGUUAUAUAAAUUCAAUGUUGGUCGUGUUUUCUCUGAUCUCUACAUAACCUGACCAAAUUGCGUAGGUCCCUAUCUGUUUGGACCAAAUUCUCUGAUAGUACUUUUUUAAACGGUUGUUUACAAUGAUAUAGUAAAUGAUACUCAAAGCAGCAAUAAUUUAACUAUACUACAUUCAAAAUGCUUGCUCAUUACAUUGUAUGCUAGAUAUGCGGAAUUCAGGAUCGGAAGCGGUCGCUAGUGAUAUAUUUUUCCUAAAAAUUAACUACUAGAUAUUCCUAAAAACUAGAAAAUAUUACGAUUUUCUUUUUCAAUUUUAAUAGUCGAGCCUACGUAUUUUUAUAUCGAAACUAUUCGCCUAUCAAUAGUGAAGUUCCUUUGAUGAAAAACUUUUAAAAGCUCGGUAAAAAUUCCGUCUGUCUACGCAUACGAGAUUUUAUAUGUAUAGAAUUCGAAUAUAUAAAUAUUAUAUUAGAGUAGCCAGUGUUUUAGAGGAUAUUUCGCAUAUUUUUGUACAAAAUUGGGUCAUGUGUCCGUAGUUAAGUCCAUUUCACGUAUCACCCUGUACCUACUGUAACUUAGUUCAACUUCAUAUCAUUUUACUAUAGGAGCUUGUAUUAUACACAUGGACUUGUGCGGCGCCCGUCGGGCCUAAGUUAUACCAUUAUACGUACAAGACCAUUCGAAUCACUUAUCUAUCCGAUUCUUCGAAUUAUUCGCAUUUUAUAUAAAAAAAGUAUAUUUUAUAUAGAUUUAUUGAAACAGAAGUAUUAGGAUCAGAUGUAUCGCACUUUCGGUUGUUUGAACACGUUUAAGCCGGCCAUAAUAUUAGUAGAAUUUAUCUUUACAGUCAAAAUCCUGUAGAUUUGAAACGUUUAUUUGAAGCUCGAUAAUUGUAACAAUUUAUUUCAGUGUAAGGCUUUGUGUGAUCAUAAUUAAAGAUUUCUAACAUGAAUCAAAUGAUAAACAAUCAACUGACAGCUUUAUACAUAAGCUGUACAUCAAUAAUGUUAUUUA